AUGAAGAAAAAGAAGAAGAAGGCAAAGCACAAGGAGAGGAGAAUGCGACGCCCGAAGCUGCAGAUACACCUGAAGCACCGCAGCAAGCAGAAGGAGACCUCGCAGGAUACAGAGGAGGGGGACGAUCAGCACCCCCCUGAGGGAACAGAAGAAAAUAAAGAAGAAAAAGAAGGAAAAGAAAAAGAAGAAAAUGAAGAAAAAGCAGAAGAAGGCAAAACACAAGGAGAGGAGAAUGCGACGCCCGAAGCUGCAGAUACACCUGAAGCACCGCAGCAAGCAGAAGGAGAAGAGGCAGACAAACAACAAAUAACAACAGAAGAAAAAACACAAGGGGAAACAGAAGAUAAACAACAAACAACAGCGGGAAAUGAAGAAACAAAUGAAAUGCAGGUAGCUGGAGUAGCAGGAGAAGCAAUACAAGAAGAACAAAACAAAGCGGCAGCAGAAACAGAAGAAGAAAAAACGGAAAAACCAACGGAGCUAGACGCAACAAAUGAAACAAACAAUACAGGCUCCCAGCAGCAGGCAGAGCAGCAGCAGCAGCAGCAGCAGCAGCAGCAAGAUGAAACAAACGAGAAAACAGAGGACGCAGACUCCCAGCAGCAGGCAGAGCAGCAGCAGCAGCAGCAGCAGCAGCAGCAGCAGCAAGAUGAAACAAACGAGAAAACAGAAGACACAAGUAACACAGAACAGCAACAAACAGAAAAAGAAGAAAAAGAAGAAAACGAAGAAGAAAAAGAAGAACAAGAAUCAGCUAAUGCUGCAGAAGCAAAGGCAGAUGAAGCCAGCAACAAAGAUACAGACGAAACAAUAAAUAAAGAAAAAAAAACAGAAACAGAAACAGAAACAGAAACAAAACAACAAAAUGAUGAUGCAACAAAUAAAACACAAAACCAACCAGACUCACCAAGCAGCUCUGCUGCCACUUCCUCUCGGGAGGACCCGUUGACUGCUACAGUUCGCAGUUUAACGGAUGAGUUGCAUCAGCAAGGUUUGCUUUCUGUUGCAUUAGAUAAGGAGUUGUAUACAGCUCAGCAGCAGCUAGAAGAAGCAGAGGAGGCGAACAUGAAGGUAGUAAGCCGCCUAGCUAGCAUCGUAGCAACGGCAGUGAAACAAGAAAACAUCAUCAUGCGCUCCAACAGCCAAGUUCAAUUCACAGCAACAGCAGCAGCAGCAGCAGCAGCAGCAGCAGCAGCACAAGAAGGAGUUGAUGUGCAACAUGCAAUAACCCGAGAAGGAUAUGAUGAUGCCCUCCUUCAAGCAUCAAAACUAGAUAAACAACUACAAGCGAUGCAACAAAACCUACAAGUGCUGCUGAAUAAAAAAGAAGAACAAGAAAAAACACAAACCGCUAAAGUCAUGGAGUGCAGGAAGGCAUUCGGCGAUUUCGUGUUAGAGGUAGCGAGGAACACAGUGAUGGAAAAAGGAGGAAAGCGGGUGCCUGAGCAGCAGGUGAUGAAGCUGCUGCAGCAGCAAGAGGAGCAGCAGCAAGUAAUAGAUCGUCUACCUGAGACAGCAUCUGCUGUGGUGCGUCUGCGUAAAUGGGGGCCUGCCCCCUCCCUAACUCUCUUCUCUCCUGAGGGGCCGCCAGGCGUUGCCUCUGCUGGGCGACCCGCAGCAGCCGCCUUUACUCAGGACCCACUCGCUGCUGCAGCAGCAGCAGAAGGAUCGCGUGCAGAUGGAGCAGCUGAAUCCGGGGUCUUCACCUCUCAAGGAGGAGAAGAGGCAGAGGGGGCAGCCUCUUUCUAUGACGACGGAGCCCCCUACAGCCACCUAAGGCAAUACAACGAGGGCUCCGCCUUUGCUUAUAGUAAUCAGGGCCCUGAAAAAGAGCUCUUUGCUAGAGGGAGGAGACCCAGAACAGCAGCAGCAGCAGCAGCAGCAGCAGCAGCAGCAGCAGCAGCAGCAGCAGCAGAGGGGAUGAGAGCAGAAGACUUCCGGGGGCUCUCGGCCCUGCAGAGAGCUCUUUGCUAG